CAGGGAAACUAAGUUAAACGAGGGUAAAUGCAGCAAUUUGAAAUAACACCGGGGAUGUGUUUUAAUUCUUAUGUUAUAUAAGUUUUUUUGACUCUUCUUGUCAAGGUUUUAAUUUCCUCAAAUCAAAUCUGCAAAAACGAUGGCACGACCAGGACCUUCACCUGGUCUUGCUGGAUCAUCUAGUUCAGGACCACAAAUCACUGAUCCUGUAGCUCUUAUGAAUACUUAUCGUUCAUACAUAUCAAUGAUUGUUGAUCCAACUGUUAAGGAUGAAAGUAAAUUAAAAGCAUUACAAGAAGUCAGCCAGGAACUGGAGAAUAUUGCUUCUAAUCCUCAAUAUCCAUCAUUUCUGGAACAUGCCCUUCGUGUCUUUAUUAAAAUUUUGCAAGAUGGUGAGCCUCAUUUCAUUGCGGAGCACACUACACAUCAAAUGCGCAAGUUGAUUUUAGAAAUUAUCCAUAGAAUACCUACCAAUGCCACACUGCUGGGUCAUGUAAAAAGUAUUUUAACAUUGAUGUUCAAACUUUUAGAAACUGAAAAUGAAGACAACAUUUUAGUUGUGUUGCGCAUCAUUAUAGAAUUUCAUAAGACUUUCAGGCCUGCUUACAGCCCUGAAAUAUCAUUGUUUCUACAAUAUGUGAAAGACAUUUACAAAGAACUUCCUAAUCACCUGAAUCAUAUAUUCGAACCUCGUCCUAUCCAAAAAUUAAAGGAUGUAAGUUUAGCAACUCUACUUCCCAUUUUAGAAGAGACCUUCACUAUCACUCCUGUGUAUGUUGAUAGGAGAGGCUCAGAUGUAAAUCCUGAACAGCAAUUCAAUUUGAUUCCAAAAGCUUCAAAGUCCUUGAAAGCUCUUGCUGAGUUGCCAAUAAUAGUGGUACUGAUGUAUCAGUUAUAUAAGCAAAAUGUCCACAGUGAUGUUGAAGAAUUCAUUCCAUUGAUCAUGUCAACUAUAUCACUUCAACCUACUCUUCAGCAAAGGAACAAUCCAAAUUUCAACAAAGAAGUGUUUGUUGAUUUUAUGGCUGCUCAAAUCAAAACAUUAUCAUUUUUAGCAUAUAUAGUAAGAAUUUAUCAGGCUGUUGUCAAUGAGCAUUCCUCUGAAUUGGCCAGAGGAAUGAUUGGCUUGCUGCGAUUGUGUCCUCAGGAAGUUGCACAUUUGCGUAAGGAACUCCUGAUUGCUGCUAGACAUAUUUUAGCUACAGAAUUGAGAGAAAAAUUUGUUGGCUGUUUAGAAGAUUUAUUUGAUGAAAAUAUUCUAAUUGGUACAGGAUGGACUGCUUAUGAAUCUUUGAGACCCUUAGCUUAUAGUACUCUGGCUGAUUUAGUUCACCACGUAAGACAACAUCUUCCUUUAAGAAUACUCGCAAAAGCUGUGAAUGUUUUUAGCAAAAAUGUACAUGAUGAGUCAUUAGUGACAACCAUACAAACAAUGUCGUGCAAGUUAUUGCUAAAUCUUGUUGAAUGCAUCAGACAGCGAUCUGAUCGUGAAAAUGGAAAUGGCCGUGAAUUGUUGAUGAGGCUACUAGAAAUUUUGGUUCUAAAAUUGAAGACAAUCGCCAAGCUGCACCUUCCAGCUUUAAUUCAAAAAACACGUCAGCAACAACAACAGAUAGCUUCAGGAACAGGGCUACAGAUGGGUCUAGCUGGUUUAAGUGCAGCUCAGGUGAUACCAAACGUGCAGAAUGCAGGUGGUCAAAGUGUUCCAAAUCUGCAAGGCAUAGCAAAUGCGCAAGGCCUGCGCUCUCAAAUGUCAAAUACAAAUCCAGGCUAUACUGAAAUUAAGAUGGAACCAAAAGAUGAUUUUAGAACUUACUUUCUGUCUGGAUUUGGUGGGUUACCAGAUGCACGAGAUGAAAGGCCAAAGUUUGGUUUCCCCGCUUCUCAGUCUGCUAAUUACACUGUCACUGAUUGUCGAAGUCUUGUAAAAACAAUUAUUUGUGGAGCUAAACAAGUUGCAUGGGCAAUGCAAGUUUGCAAGGUGCAAAAUGAAAAAAUUGAACCUGUCAUAAAAUUGGAACCAGGAGAAACUCCUAAACCUCCAUCAUCCCCAGCAAGUAAACAAUUUCAACCUAAAGAAACGUUGGUCUUUAUUAGAUUAUUAAAGUAUUCUCUGCAGGCUUUAGAUAUUUAUACACUUACACCUCAAAUGCCAGGCCAAGUUCCUAAUAGGCAACUUUCAAUGGGAGCUAUAAGAUCUAAAGAUGAAAAGGAAACUAUUGAAUUUCUUGGUGGCACAUAUACCAUCAUGCAUCCACUUACAUUUCGGGAGGUUUUCUCUACUACAAUAGAUUUCUUUGUAGACCGCAUGUAUAAAAACCAAGCUCUUCAAGUUAUGGUCAAUUCAUUUCUAGCACAUGACACAAGUUCUCAUAUAUUUGCUACUAUAUUAGUAGAAUAUCUUUUAAAGAGAAUGGAAGAAAUGGGAUCAAAUAUGGAGCGUUCUAACUUAUAUCUUAAACUUUUCAAAAUGGUGUUUGGAUGUGUGUCAUUGUUUGCUGCGGCCAACGAAGAAAUGUUAAAGCCUUACUUGCAUCAAAUUGUGAAUCGAUCAAUGGAGUUAGCCCUGAGUGCGAGAGAACCAUACAACUAUUUUCUUCUUCUAAGAGCGCUGUUUAGAUCCAUAGGUGGGGGUAGUCAUGACUUACUUUAUCAAGAAUUUCUUCCAUUAUUACCCAACCUGCUGCAAGGUUUGAAUAGUUUACAGAGUGGACUACACAGACAGCACAUGAAGGAUCUUUUUGUUGAAUUAUGUUUAACAGUCCCUGUCAGGUUAAGCUCAUUGUUGCCAUACCUACCUAUGCUUAUGGAUCCAUUAGUAUCUGCAUUAAAUGGUUCUCAAACAUUAGUUAGUCAGGGAUUACGAACGCUUGAAUUGUGUGUUGACAAUUUGCAGCCAGAAUUCUUGUAUGACCAUAUACAACCUGUGAGAGCAGAAUUGAUGCAAGCUCUUUGGCGAACUUUGAGAAACCCUGUAGAUAGUAUUGCCCAGGUAGCAUUCAGAGUCCUCGGAAAAUUUGGAGGAGGAAAUCGAAAAAUGAUGAUAGAACCACAAAAGUUGGAUUAUUACAAUCGUGAAAGUGCUGGCCCUUGCAUAGCUGUUCAUUUUCAAGAACAUAAAAUGAAUAUAUCUUUGCCAAUUGGAAAGGUUAUUGAAACUGCAUGUACUGCUCUUAAAACAACUACCACAAAUGAGUUUUACAGGAAACAGUGCUGGAAAGUCAUCAAAGCUUUUCUCUCUGCCAAUAUUGAGCUAGAUAAUGAUAAGAAGAAUGUGAUGCAACUAUUUUGUCAUCCUAGUUUCGUUUCUGGUGAAAUUCCAUCACUUGCAGGUGUUUAUUAUUUUUGUCCUGAUAGCGAAUCCAGAAAAGUUCAUGAAUUGGCUUUAACUGGAAUGUUUGUGGCUUCAGCUAUUAAGGAACUCCGCACAACUGUUGUUCCUUUUAUGGUUAAUCUUGUUCGACAUUACACCUUAGUUGCUAUUAGUCAACAAUCAGGGCCGUUUGUGAAUUCAAGGCAAGUGAGGCAUCAAGGAAUGGAUCCUUUAGUGUUAGUUGAUGCCAUUGCUGCUGUUAUGGGCCAUGAAGAAAAGGAAUUGUGCAAGCCUGGUGGCUUGGCUCUAAUGAUCAUGAUUGAAACUGCUACUAUAGUCCAUAACUCCAAGCGAAGGGCUUGUUCUCUACCUUUAUAUGAAUAUUUAGCUGAAAAAAUGUGUGCACUCUGUUAUGAUAGGGCUUGGUAUGCUAAACUUGGAGGAUGUGUUGCCAUUAAAUCUUUAUUUGACAAAUGCCAUCCCAGAUGGGUAUAUGCUCACAUGUACAGUUUCUUAAAAGCAUUACUUUUUGUAAUGAUGGAUCUUACUGGUGAAGUAUCUAGUGGAGCAGUUGAUAUGGCUAAAAACAAUUUGGAAAUAAUGUUGAAACAGUUUUGCAAGCCUUGCGGAGAUGACAUUGAUGAAGAUGAAAAAGAACUUCAAACUAAAGCAGUGAAUGAAGUUGUUCAAGAACUUACAAGACAAGUCACACAGCCGAACAGUUGCGUCAGGGAGCAAGCAAUGCACUCUUUAAAAGUAAUUGCUGAAGCUCAAAACAAGACCGUGACUCAAAUAAUCGAACCUCACAAAGAUCUACUUUUAGAUUAUGUUCCUCUUCGAAAACAUGUGCUUCGACAUCAGCCUGUCAUUUGUCAGAUAGGGUUAUUGGAUGGAAAUACAUUUUGUAUUACUUUGGAACCUCGAUUGUUUUCAUAUGAUUUGUCUAAUGCGGAGCACAAAACGUUUUUUGAUGAACUUAUCAUGCUCUGUGAAUAUGAUGAUGCAACUCUGUUGAAAUUACCUUGUUACAAAAAUAUGAGCAGUCUCAUUCCUAUACGUAAAGCCAUGCUACGCUUACUGGCAGCUUGUCACUACAUGCCAGAUAAGAGAAUGGAUAUAUUCCAACAUUUGUAUAAAGCUCUUAGCUCGACUACACCAGAAUUGCAAGAAGUUGGUUAUCAAUGUAUAAAGGAUAUUAUCUCCAAAUACGAAAUUGAUAUUGACAUGGUUCAUACUACUAUUCGUCCUCUGCUCCUAAAACUGGGGGAUUACAGAUCUCUGAGCUUAUCAGUUAUUCAACACUUGAGCUAUCUUACUCUGUUAUUUCCAAAAUUAUUCAAUGACAAACUUUGUGAUCAAUUAUUGACCCACCUGCAUAAAUGUUUGGAAGUCGCUGAAGCGACUGUGAAAGAAAACGAGCGAACAGCAGUCGUUACUGAAGUGAAGAUAUGUGUGGGAAUUAUUAAUAUAUUUCAUCAGAUACCAGCUGCUAGCACCAAAUUUAUUGAGCCCUUGAUUGGCAUUGUCCUGAAUACUGAAAAGAAUUUAAUGAUGGAAGCGGGAAGUCCCUAUCGCGAGCCACUCAUUAAAUUUUUGCGUAGAUAUCCAGCUCAGACUAUGGAGCUUCUUCUGUCGGAUGAAAAUCUUCAAAAUGAACAAGUUACUCGAUUUUUAGAGUAUUUAUUAAAGGGCGAUCAUGGAAGACCUUUUCGGGAGGUUCUACAACAGAAUCCUUCUAAGCUAGUGUCAAUGUUUUUCCGAUCAAAUCAAUCGGGUGCCUCCAGUACUGGUAUUUCUGUUCACGAGAUUCAAUAUCAAGCUAUCAGAAUUGUAAGCUUGCUGACUAAGUUGGAUGACCAAUGGUUGUCUGAGCAGCAUCAACUUGUUGCUUGCCUCAGAAAAGUUUGGAUAUCUAAAGAUUUCCAAGAACGCCAUUUGAAAGCAGACACUGUUGACUAUACUCAAUGGAAAGAACCUAAACUUCUUGCUAAAUGUUUGCUGAAUUUUGUUAAACACCAUCCAAGUGAAAUUGAGCUUCUGUUUCAACUCCUCAGGGCAUUUACAGGUCGAUUUAUUCCAGAUUUUGAGUUUUUGAGAGACUUUUUGGAAAAUACGGUUGCCAACAACUACACUGUGGAUUGGAAACGUAUGGCUUUCUUCAAAUUUGUGGAGUUAUUUUGUGAUGACACUUUUCCACAAGACCUUAAAGCUAAAAUUCUUCAGUAUAUAUUAAUUCCAUCUUUUGCUGUUGCUUUUGAAAGAGGAGAAGGUGAGAGGUUAAUCGGUGGACCUCCUGCACCUGAUCAAGACUUAAAUGAAAAUGUUAUGAGUGUUUUUAUCAAUAAAGUAAUAGACUCUGACAACCCCUUCAGAACUUCAGAUGCAGUGCGAAUUUUGUUGUUGCAGUUUUCAUGCCUUUUAGUGGAACAGGCAUCUCCUCAUAUACAUGAUGCAGCAAAUAAACGUCAAGGUAACAAGCUGAGAAGGUUAAUGACAUUUGCGUGGCCUUGCCUUUUAACUAAAAAUUGUGUUGAUCCUGCCACUAAAUAUCAUGGCCAUUUAUUGUUGGCUAACAUCAUAGCCAAAUUUGCAAUUCAUAAAAGAAUAGUCUUACAGGUUUUUCACAGUUUGUUGAAAGCUCAUGCAGCAGAGGCAAGAACUGUUGUAAGACAGGCUUUAGAAAUUCUAACACCUGCUAUGCCUGUGAGAAUGGAAGAUGGAAACAACAUGUUGACUCAUUGGACCAAAAAGAUCAUUGUAGAAGAGGGACAUACCUUAGCGCAGCUCGUUCACAUGUUGCAACUUUUGGUGAGACACUACAAGGUUUAUUACCCAGUUCGGCACCAUCUAAUCCAUCACAUGGUCAGCUCUGUACAAAGAUUAGUUUUCACACCAAAUGCUACAAUCGAGCAUAAACGCCUUGCGGUAGACCUCGCAGAAGUUAUGAUAAGAUGGGAAUUACGGAGACAUGGAGAAGAAGCUGAAAGAAAUCAGUUUGGAAUAGAUAAAACAGAGCAAAUGGAGGCAGCUCAAAGUGUAAUGAUGGCUGGGAAAAGAAAUAGUAUUGAAUCAUUGGAAAAAAGAAGUCGAAAUCUAUCCGGUCCUCCUGCAAAAAUAUCAGACCGUUACAAGACUGUUGACAAGGAGCAUUCAGAUGCUAUAGUUAAUUUUCUUUUACGCAUGGCUUGCCAGGUGAAUGAAUCUUCUUCAAGUAGUGGGACCACAGGAGAAAUGUUAUCUCGAAGGUGUGUGGCACUUUUAAAAAGUGCUUUGAAACCCGAUGUAUGGCCAAAUGCAGAAAUUAAACUUGGGUGGUCCGAUAAGUUACUGUGUACUGUAAAGGAAAGUGCUACUCCAAAUAUUGGAAAUGUCUGCACUGCUUUGGAACUUUUGGCCUUUUUGGUUAGUAAUUUAAGAAAAGAAGCAAUUUUGGCAACUUUUAAACAGCUGCAACGGGGACUUGCUGCCUGUUUGUCAUGUAGCCAUAUUAAGGUUAUAAAAUCUGUACACAGUUUAUUGACACGUUUGAUGAAUAUUUUCCCUACUGAACCUACCAAUUCUAAUGUGGCCUCUAAAUAUGAAGAAUUAGAAGGCCUUUAUAGUGUCAUCAGCAAUUGUAUAAUGGAAGGGCUUACAACAUAUGAGAAGUCACCUGUAGCUUCUCCACAGUCACUUUAUCCUACUCUGAUGUAUUUGAAGUCUGCUAUCUUGAGUAAUCCUUGUUACAUAGACAGACUGAUUUCAAUAUUUAUGCGUGUGUUACAGAAAAUGACAAAGGAACACCUAACACCACCUCCCGAUGAUGUUGGCACUGACACCCUUAUCCUUUGCCUUGACUUUGUCAAAAAUCGAGUUGGUGUAAUGGGCUCAGAUAUGCGAAAAAUUUACAUUGGUUCCAUUCUCUGCAGUUUGAUUGAGAAAUCUCAUGAUGUAAAAGUUCUAAAAGCUAUCACAAAGAUGGUUGAGGAAUGGAUUAAAAGCAAAUCGACUAUUGCUGUAAAUCAAGGACCUAAUGUGAAGGAGAAAUCCAUUCUCCUGGUAAAAAUGAUGCAGUUCAUUGAGAAGCGGUUCCCAAAUGAUUUGGAUCUGAAUGGCCAAUUCUUAGAACUUGUACAUUAUGUUUAUAAGGAUGAAUCUCUUAAAGGCACUGAACUGACUUCUAAGUUAGAACCAGCAUUUAUGGCUGGAUUGCGAUGUGUGCAGCCACAGAUCAGAGCAAAGUUCUUUGAAGUGUUUGAUAACAGCAUUAGACGCCGCCUUCAUGAUCGCUUAUUAUACAUUUUAUGUUCACAGAAUUGGGAGAAUAUUGGUCAGCAUUUUUGGAUUAAACAAUGCAUAGAAUUGCUACUUGUAACAGCUGUCGAUGGUGCUACCGUUCAAUGCUCUACACCUACUGUAAUGCUGCCUUCCAUGACAUCUGUGUAUGAACAAGCAGAUUCUCAAGAAAAGGCUAACUUCUCCAUGGCUGCAUUAAAUAUCCAAGGAACUGAUGGAGUUCAGGUUGAAAUAAAAGAAGAAGAAAUAGAUAUUGAACUGCCUUCCACCGAUGAUCCAAAUGUAAAAGCAUCCAUGGAAAGUCCUGCUGCAAGUCAAAAUAUUCUAGAUCCUAAACAAAAUGUACAAGCCUUGAUUUCAAAGCAGCUCAAGUUUCUGGAAACUGUAGGCCAAAUGAAAACCGUCAAUUUUCUCAAUGCUACUGCACAGCUCUGUCACUUGGAUACGAAUUUAGCUCAGUACUUAUGGCUUCAGCUAUUCCCUCGACUCUGGAAAAUCUUUAGUGAAAAACAACAGGGAGCUUUAAGCAAUGAGCUUGUUGCUUUUGUCUCAAGUGGCACUCAUGUAAUCCAGAAAGAUUGCCAUCCCAGUGCCUUGGGAACUUUCAUUGAAGGUGUUACUCAUUGUGUUCCUCCCAUUCCAUUGAGACCAUUGAUUCUUCAAUAUGAGGGUAAAGCUCAUAAUUUGUGGCACCGAGCUUGCUUAUGCUUAGAGCAGAUUUGUUUGGACAAAGGCUAUAUCCUUCAAGCUAAAUCAAGAACAAGUGCAGAAAGAACUGACAUUGAUGAAACUUUAGAUAGUAUUUCUGACAUGUACUUGCAGUUAAAAGAGGAAGAUCUCUGGGGUGGUCUUUGGCAGAAGCGGGCUAAAUAUACCGAAACAUCUACGGCUAUAUCAUUAGAACAGCAAGGAUUAUUUGUGCAAGCACUAGAAGCUUAUGAACAAGCAGCUAACAGACAUCAUCAAGACAUUGGAGCAGGAUUUAGCCCUUCCAAUCUAAAUAGUGAAGCAAAUGUAUAUUAUUCACAACUUCUGAGGUGUAUGAAAGAAUUGAAUGAUUGGUCUGGCAUUCUCAAUAUAGGAAUAACAUCUAAUGACCCUAACCUCAUUAUGGAAUCUGCGUGGCGACAGCAACCAAAUUGGAAUACAAUGAAAGAAGCCAUUGAGAGAGUUGAGGUAAAUUGUCCUCGAGAAGAUCAGUGGAAAUUGAACCUCUAUAAAGGCUAUUUGUUAGUAUGUCAUCCAGACGAUCGACAUUUGCCUUCUGUAGAAAAAGUCGUGGACCAAUGCUCUAUGCAGUGCAUUCGGGAAUGGAGGCGACUUCCUCAUAUAGUAUCUCACAUUCAUUUGCGGUUACUUCAGGCUGCUCAACAAAUCAUUGAACUUCAGGAUGCUGUUCAGAUACACCAGGGUCUGCUACCAACCAACCUAGGUCGCCCUCCGAGUCUGCAUGACAUGAAGGCCACUGUUAAAACAUGGCGCAAUCGCCUCCCUGUCAUCAGUGACGAUCUGUCUCAUUGGAGCGAAAUUUAUCACUGGCGACAAGAACACUACAAAACUAUAGUGACUUGUUAUGAAUCCGCACAGAAUGGUCAGACUAUUGAAUUGCAAGCUAACCAUGCAAUGCUUGGUGUUCAUGCUUCUGCACAGUCGAUAAUCUAUUUUGGGAAAAUUGCACGAAAGCAUGGAUUGAAUAAUGUAUGCUUGGAUGUUUUAGGACAGAUACAUUCAAUUCCCAGUGUGCCUAUAGUAGAUUGUUUUCAAAAGAUUCGUCAGCAAGUUAAGUGCUUUUUACAAAAAGCUCAUGCUGCUGGAAAAACAGAUGUCCAAGAAUCAACUCAAGCUUUGCAUGAAGGACUACAUGUAAUUGAUUCUACAAAUCUUAAAUACUUUACUAAAGAAAUGACUGCUGAAUUCUACGCAUUAAGAGCUGUAUUCCUUGCUCAACUUGGACGUUUUGAAGAAGCCAAUAAAGUUUUCAGUUCUGCCUGUCAGCUGCACGACACUUUAGUUAAAGCAUGGGCUUUGUGGGGCGAUUACUUAGAACAGCUGUUUACUAAGGAAAAGCCUGAAAAUCGUACAAUGAGCCUUGGUGUCUCAGCAUUGGUCUGUUUCUUGCAUUCUUGUCGACACCAGAAUGAAAACAAAUCUCGAAAAUAUCUUGCUAAGGUUUUAUGGCUUUUAACAUAUGAUGAUGAAUCUCAACAACUAAGUGAAGCUCUUGAUAAAAACAGUGUUGGAGUGCCUCCUCUUCAGUGGCUACCUUGGGUUCCACAAUUACUAACCUGCUUAAUACGCAAUGAGGGAAGGCAAAUGCUCAACAUCAUUAGUCAAGUUGGAAGAACAUUUCCCCAAGCCAUAUACUUUCCAAUUCGCACUCUGUAUCUUAUUCUAAAGAUAGAACAGCGUGAAAAAUAUAAAAGCAAUAAUCCAACUGUGGCUGGAUUAAGUACAUCUACUCCAAGCAGUCCAGCAGUUUCUCUUAGUGGAGAUGCUUCAAACCCUUCAGAACUUUCCUCAUCUGCAGCAACAUCUUCUGAGUCUUUGCCAAUCAGGGCUACACAACCAAUGUGGCGGUGUAGUAGAAUCAUGCACAUGCAGCGGGAUAUUCAUCCGACGAUUCUAUCGUGCUUAGAAGGCAUCGUAGAUCAGAUGGUAUGGUUCCGUGAAAAUGUAUAUGAAGAGGUUUUGAGGCAGCUGAGACAAGCUUUGGCGAAAUGCUAUGCUGUAGCCUACGAGAACGCUGGUGCUGUGUCUGAAGCCACAGUGACUCCACAUACAUUGAACUUUGUGAAGAAACUGGUAUCAACGUUUGGAAUUGGUGUUGAAAAUGUAUCCAGUGUUUCUACAACCAUCUCAAGCUCUGUUUCAGAGUCUUUAGCUCGGAGAGCACAAGCAACUGCUCAAGAUCCAGUUUUCCAAAAGAUGAAAGGACAGUUUACUGCAGAUUUUGACUUCAGUGUUCCAGGCGCUAUGAAACUACACAAUCUUAUUAACAAGCUUAAAAAAUGGAUUAAAAUCUUGGAAGGAAAGACAAAACUUCUUCCAAAAUGCUUCCUUAUUGAGGAGAAAUGCAGAUUUUUAAAUAACUUCUGUCAACAAACAGCUGAUGUAGAAAUCCCUGGUGAAUUUCUUCUACUUCGAAACCACUAUUUUGUUCGAAUUGCACGAUUCAUGCCGAAAGUGGAUAUUGUUCAGAAGCAUAAUACAGCAGCUCGAAGACUGUACAUAAAAGGUCACAAUGGAAAGAUAUACCCCUACUUGGUCGUUAGUGAUGCAUGCUUAAGUGAUGCAAGAAGGGAAGAACGUGUUCUGCAACUUCUGCGAAUGCUGAACCACCACUUGGGAAAACAGAAAGAGACAUCAAAACGUUUCCUCAACUUCACUGUACCUCGUCUUGUUCCCGUAAGCCCUCAGAUGCGUCUAGUAGAAGACAAUGAAUCUUCUAUUUCCCUUCUUGAUAUAUACAAACAGCGAUGUGCGAAACGCGGUAUUGAAUAUGAUGCACCUCUUGCAAGAUUCUAUGAGAGAUUGGCUACUGUACAAGCUCGUGGCUCACAAGCAAGUCAUCAAGUGCUGCGAGACAUUUUGAAAGAUGUUCAGAGUAUCAUGGUUUCCAAGACCUUACUUAAGGAUUGGGCUGAACAGACAUAUCCAUCAGCCACGGAUUAUUGGACAUUCCGAAAACAAUUUACUCUCCAGCUCGCUCUGUACGGCUUCAUCGAAUAUGUGCUCCAUCUCACCCGCCUAAAUCCGGACAUGAUGUAUAUUCAUCAAGAUAGCGGCCUCAUGAAUAUUUCUUAUUUUAGAUUUAACAUUGAAGAUUCGAAGGGUGAAUUUGAAGCUAGUCGGCCUGUUCCAUUCCGUCUCACUCCAAAUAUUGCCGAGUUUAUCACCACUAUUGGAGUGUGUGGCCCUAUGACAGCAUCUAUGAUUGCCACGGCUCGAUGCUUAAACAUGCCCAAUUUCAAAGUGGUUUCCCUGCUUAAAGCUAUACUGAGGGAUGAAAUGUAUGCAUGGUACAAAAAGAGACAAGAAGAUUCUCAGCCUUCCGAUGCUCGAUCAGAUGGACGACCAGAUACUGUGGAAGGGGCUAUUGUCAUACAGAUGGUUAACAAAGCAACAGGCCAAAUAGUGCAGAGACUACAGAAUCUUGCAGCAUUCGACAACCCACAGACUCAGUGCAAUGUGAGCACACUGGUUGCAGCUGCUAAUAGUCAUGAUAAUUUAUGUCGCAUGGACCCUGCAUGGCAUCCCUGGUUGUAAAUCUCCGGAAAUUUCAUCUUUGUAUAAAAUCAUAUGGGUUUACAUCAUUUGUGCUAUACAUUUUUAUGUAAUGUUUUAAGUAUUUGAAUUUGUAAUAAAGGAAUAUUCUCUUAA